CCAGGAGUUCCGCCCGCCAGACAAGAUCUGAAAUGGUCCGAUACACUACUGUGCUCCUUCAGAGACUCAUGCUUGCUGAUGAUGAGAAGUAAAAACUUAAUCUUGUUAAAGCAUAUAUUUUGUAGAAAUUGGAAAUAUCUUGGUCACUACUAGUGAAUGGGAUCGGUAUUGCUGAAAGCACAAAUAGAGGAUUUUGAAAUAAUUGCUUCAUUGGCACCAACUAACAGUUUGAGGAGUAUAUCUACUGGGAAAAAUGGGUCGAUCUAACUCUAGAUCACAUUCUUCAAGAUCAAAGUCCAGAUCUCAGUCCAGCUCUAGGUCAAGAUCCAGAUCACAUUCUAGAAAAAAGAGAUACAGUUCUAGGUCUCGGUCAAGGACAUAUUCACGAUCUCGCAGCAGGGAUCGUGUUUAUUCUAGAGAUUAUCGCAGAGAUUACAGAAAUAAUAGAGGAAUGAGACGUCCCUAUGGUUACAGAGGAAGAGGUAGAGGGUAUUAUCAAGGAGGAGGUGGUAGAUACCAUCGUGGAGGUUAUAGGCCUGUCUGGAACCGAAGACACUCCCGAAGCCCUAGGCGUGGCCGUUCACGUUCCAGAAGUCCAAAACGAAGGUCUGUGUCUUCCCAGAGGUCCCGGAGCAGAUCUCGUCGAUCUUACAGAUCUUCCAGGUCCCCGAGGUCCUCUUCAUCUCGUUCUUCAUCCCCAUACAGCAAAUCACCUGUCUCUUCCAAAAGACGUGCGUCUCUGGAAAAGCAGGCAAAGAAAACUGAAGGGGCUCCUUUGCAAGAUAGCCCCUUGAAAAAUAAAUCACAAGAUGAACAGAAAGAUACAUUUGAACAUGACCCAUCAGAGUCUCUUGACGAUUUUAACAAAUCAUCAGCAGCUUCUGGCGACAUUUGGCCUGGCCUUUCAGCGUAUGAUAACAGUCCAAGGUCACCCCAUAGUCCUUCUAUUGCCACCCCACCUAGUCAGAGUUCAUCUUGCUCUGAUGCCCCUUUGCUUAGCACAGCCCACUCAGCAAAGGACACACCUCAACAUUCCCAUUCCAUUCAGCAUAGUCCCGAGAGGUCUGGCUCUGGUUCUCUUGGAAAUGGUUCUAGCCGUUAUAGUCCUUCUCAGAAUAGCCCAUUGCAUCAUAUCCCUUCGAGGAGAAGCCCUGCAAAGACAAUCCCAUCACAGAGCGCUCCCCGUGAGGAGGCUCGAGUGCGGUCAUUUUAUCCUGAGGGUGGCGAACAGGAAACUGCAAAAGGUGGAAAGUUUAUGAAAAGGUACACAGAUGAAGAGUCUAGAGUAUACCUGCUUGAUAGGGGUAAUACCAGGGAGAAGGAGGCCCAGAAGGAGAGAGGAUCAGAAAAAGGGAGGACAGAGGGAGAAAGGGAAUGGGAGGAACAGGAAACUUUAGAUUUUUUCGUUGAUAAAGAGACUGGGAAAGAAAAGUUUAAUGACUCUGAAGGGGAGGACACAGAGGAGACAGAGGAUUACAGACAGUUCAGAAAGUCUGUCCUGGCAGAUCAGGGUAAAAAUUUUCCUACUGCAUCUCACCGGAAUGCUGAGGAGGAAGGAACCAAAUACAAAUCUAAAAUAUCAAUCAAGGGCAAUAGAGAGAGCGAUGGAUUUAGAGAUGAGAAAAGUUAUAAGCUUAAAGAGACUGGCUAUGUAGUGGAAAGGCCUAGUGCAACAAAAGAUAAGCACAAGGAAGAAGACAAGAGUUCUGAGAGACUAAUGAUGAAGAAAGAAACUCAGUCACCUGAGCAGGUAAAGUCUGAAAAGCUCAAAGAACUCUUUGAUUACAGUCCCCCUCUACACAAGAAUCUGGAUGCGAGAGAAAAAUCCACCUUCAGAGAGGAGAGCCCACUUAGGAUCAAAAUGAUAGCCAGUGACUCCCAUCGUCCUGAAGUUAAACUCAAAAUGGCACCGGUACCUCUUGAUGAUUCCAAUAGACCUGCUUCCUUGACUAAAGACAGGCUGCUUGCUAGCACACUUGUCCAUUCCGUCAAGAAGGAGCAAGAGUUCCGAUCCAUCUUUGACCACAUUAAGUUGCCACAGGCCAGCAAAAGCACGUCAGAGUCAUUUAUUCAGCACAUUGUGUCGUUGGUUCAUCAUGUCAAAGAGCAAUACUUCAAGUCAGCUGGAAUGACCCUAAAUGAGAGGUUCACUGCAUAUCAAAAAGCUACUGAAGAACACUGCACCCGGCAAAAGAGCCCAGAAAUACAUAGGAGGAUUGACAUCUCUCCAAGUACCCUGAGGAAGCAUACCCGUUUAGCAGGUGAAGAGAGAGUCUUUAAAGAAGAAGGUCAAAAAGGAGAUAAAAAAUUAAGGUGUGAUUCUGCUGAUCUUCGGCAUGACAUUGACCGACGUAGAAAAGAGCGAAGUAAAGAACGAGGAGACUCAAAGGGUUCCAGGGAAUCCAGUGGGUCAAGAAAGCAGGAAAAAACUCCAAAAGAUUACAAGGAUUACAAAUCUUACAAAGACGACAGUAAACAAAAAAGAGAUCAAGACCGUGCUCGGUCCUCCCCAUCUUCCUCCCCGUCUUCUUCCUCAUCCAGUUCUCGAGAAGAAAAGGAUUGCAAGAAAGAAAGAGAUGAAGACUUCAAAACCCACCAUGAACAGAAAGAAUACUCUGGUUUUGCAGGAGUGAACAGGCCAAGAGGCACCUUUUUUCGAAUUAGGGGCAGAGGAAGAGCCAGAGGAGUCUUUGCUGGAACAAAUACUGGUCCCAGCAACUCAAAUACUACUUUUCAGAAGAGACCGAAGGAAGAGGAAUGGGAUCCUGAAUAUACCCCAAAAAGCAAGAAAUACUUCUUGCAUGAUGACAGAGACGAUGGUGUGGAUUAUUGGGCCAAAAGAGGAAGAGGCCGUGGUACUUUCCAGCGUGGCAGAGGGCGUUUUAACUUCAAAAAGUCAGGUAGCAGUCCGAAGUGGACACAUGACAAAUAUCAAGGGGAUGGGAUUGUGGAAGAUGAAGAAGAAACGAUUGAGAAUAAUGAAGAAAAGGACAGACGCAAAGAGGAAAAGGAAUAACCCUGGAAGAAAGUUGUAGCUGAAAGAGCAGCUCUUGCACCAUCCACACAACAUUUUUAAUAUGUUUUUUUGUUGUCAAAUGAAUGUAAGCAUUUUACUUAAAUUUUACUGUUGGAAAGUA